CCCCCCAAGCGGUCGGAACCAAUAGCAUUCGCUCGAGCAGCGAGCCAAUCAGGAUGCGGAGCGUGGCGUGGCCUGCAAGCAGUUGGGCGCGUGGCGUGGCACAGAGAGGAAGUGGAGCCCGGCGUGCGACCAGGAGGCAAACACCAUGCGCGAGUGCAUCUCUAUCCACGUGGGGCAGGCAGGUGUCCAGAUCGGCAAUGCCUGCUGGGAACUGUACUGCCUUGAACAUGGAAUUCAGCCUGAUGGUCAAAUGCCAAGUGACAAAACCAUCGGCGGUGGGGAUGACUCGUUCAACACGUUCUUCAGCGAGACUGGGGCUGGCAAGCAUGUGCCCAGAGCAGUGUUUGUGGACCUGGAACCCACCGUGGUCGAUGAAGUGCGCACGGGGACCUACAGGCAGCUCUUCCACCCAGAGCAGCUGAUCACCGGGAAGGAGGAUGCAGCCAAUAAUUACGCCAGAGGCCAUUACACCAUCGGCAAGGAGAUCGUCGACCUGGUCCUGGACCGGAUCCGGAAACUGGCGGAUCUGUGCACAGGGCUGCAGGGCUUCCUCAUCUUCCACAGUUUCGGGGGCGGCACCGGCUCUGGGUUUGCAUCACUGCUCAUGGAGCGGCUGUCGGUGGACUACGGCAAGAAGUCCAAGCUGGAAUUUGCCAUCUACCCGGCUCCCCAGGUGUCCACGGCCGUGGUGGAGCCCUACAACUCCAUCCUGACCACCCACACCACCCUGGAGCAUUCCGACUGUGCCUUCAUGGUGGACAACGAGGCCAUCUACGACAUAUGUCGGCGCAACCUGGAUAUCGAGCGGCCCACGUACACCAACCUCAAUCGUCUGAUCGGGCAGAUCGUGUCCUCCAUCACAGCCUCCCUGCGAUUCGAUGGGGCCCUGAACGUCGACUUGACGGAAUUCCAGACCAACCUGGUCCCGUACCCCCGCAUCCACUUCCCCCUGGCCACCUAUGCCCCGGUCAUCUCAGCCGAGAAGGCCUACCACGAGCAGCUGUCCGUGGCCGAGAUCACCAAUGCCUGCUUCGAGCCGGCCAACCAGAUGGUCAAGUGUGACCCUCGGCACGGCAAGUACAUGGCCUGCUGCAUGUUGUACAGGGGGGACGUGGUCCCGAAAGAUGUCAACGCGGCCAUCGCCACCAUCAAGACCAAGCGCACCAUCCAGUUUGUGGAUUGGUGCCCGACUGGAUUUAAGGUGGGCAUCAACUACCAGCCCCCCACUGUCGUCCCCGGGGGUGACCUGGCCAAGGUGCAGCGGGCCGUGUGCAUGCUGAGCAACACUACCGCCAUCGCCGAGGCCUGGGCCCGCCUGGACCAUAAGUUUGACCUCAUGUAUGCAAAGCGAGCCUUUGUGCACUGGUAUGUGGGGGAAGGCAUGGAGGAAGGGGAGUUCUCCGAGGCCCGGGAGGACCUGGCAGCCCUGGAGAAAGAUUAUGAAGAGGUGGGCGUGGAUUCCGUGGAAGCAGAGGCUGAAGAAGGCGAAGAAUACUGACCGGAGCGGAGCUGGCAACCAUCUCUUUGUAUCGCCCCCACUAUAACAUUACGAGAUAGGUUUACCUAUUAAAGUUUCUGUUUGAAGCAUCA